GCCGGACGACGGAGCGAACGAGCGAACGGGGGACGUAAACACGGGAUUUUUCUCCAAACUGGGGGCUACCCGGGCAAAAUAGGCCAAAGAACGCCAACCGCCUAGUCCUUGCAAUCCAAAAAGUGCCUAACGGUGAAGCUGCAUCGGCUACCCAGUGAAUACUGAACAUCACCAAACAAACAAACCCUACCCCCCCACACAAAUCUCCCCCGUUUGUGCAAAUGUGCGUCUUUCGUAAGCCAUGAGUUCCUUACAUGCAAAAAUAGAAAACAUUUGCAGGCUCUGUUUGUCCGGCGAUGGCACUUUGGAAUCUAUUUUUGGUGAUAGUGAAAGCGAUGCGCUUCAGACGAUUAUCUACGACUGUACUUCGAUUAGGAUUCUACCAAACAUGGGCUUUCCGUCGUCGAUCUGCAGUGUUUGCAAGACGAAAAUCGAGUGCUUCCAUCAGUUUCGCGAGCGCUGCAUAAACAACGAUGAGUAUCUACGAUCAACGCUGGCUGUGGAAACACAGGACGAAAACGAAGACGAAGAGGAGGAGGAGGAGGAGGAUGAUGUGGUCAUAAAGAUGGAACCAGAAGUGCUACUGGACGAGGAACGAAGCGAUCUCGACCAGAAGGAGAUCGACGAGAAGGGCGACGCAAUGAUUGUUGAUCGCAACGACAACGAAAUCAACCGACCGGUCUUGGAGACUGCAAAAAAUACGAACGGAAACUCAGAAAUGCGACCAGCUGAACGAGAGAUUGACGACUGGGAUGAAUCCCGUUCAAACGAUCUCGAUUCGGUUGGCAACUCGUCAGAAUCGCUCAGCAUUCAGCAGGAUUUGUAUCUGUCUCCGGAGCUAACGUACGGUGCGCUACUAAAGUGUGAGUUUUGUUCACUGGAGUUUACCGUCCUGGAGCAGCUAAAGCGCCACAUUACGAGCCACAAGGAGGAACGAAUCUUUCAGUGCUACUACUGCCCGAAAACGUUCCAUUUUGCCAAAAACCUUAACAUGCAUGUCGAAUAUAUUCACUCGAAGGCAAAAUAUGCUCAAACGCAGUCAACUAAGCUGGUCGCCAGGCAACAGUUCCUCGUCCACAGCAGCAGCAGUAACAAUAGUAGCGUUAGCCAGAGCACUAACGGUGGCCUAAGCCCGAUAUCUCCGCUGCUGGACAGCAGUGACUGUUUAAACAAUAAUACCAUCCCGAGCGGUGCCACCGUAGACGUCGGCGCAGGCUUAAGCCUUAAUAUAAACCUUAACGGUAGCUCGGGCAGUAAUGGGACGGUUUUGGGGCGUAACAUUACCGCAAUACGCUUGCCGCUCGCCCGAUCAACGUCCCAGGGCGAGUCACGCCGAGCUGGUGUAACGCAACCGAGCGACCGAGGGCUUGGACAGCAUGAAUGCCACGUAUGCCACCAGAGCUUCCCCGAUACGGCCAACCUGCGUCAGCAUAUGCUCUUGCACGCGGGGGAAAAGCCGUACAAAUGUGAUAUCUGCUCGAAAUCGUUCUUUAACGCUAGCACGCUGAAGACGCACCAGCGUAUCCACAGCGAUCAGAACCCGUACCGUUGCGGUACGUGUACGAAAAUGUUCGACAAUGCGCGCAGCCUCGAGCUGCACCAUCGGACACAUACGGGCGAAAAGCCGUACGCGUGCGAUGUGUGCCUGAAAAAGUUCUCAUGCUCAUCAAACCUGAAGCGCCAUCGGAAACUGCACGAUCGCGACUAAAUAUGAGUGGGGAGCGAAACAACGAAAUCCAAACUGAACGACCAUGCCGUGCCAUUGCACUUCAAAAUGCAGCGGAAGAAAAGCUUUCCCAACCAUCGAUCGGUAAAGAUUAUGAGCACACACGAGCUUAAUGUACACGGUUGUUGCUGAGUAGAACGAAGGAAAUACGAUGGGACGUAGUCCCAAAGCGAAAAGUAAGGAUGUAAAUAGUUCGCACCGUGGUGCUUCCAGAUUAUGGGGAGUAGUAGGAGUGAAUCUCAGCAUAUCCUAUCGAGAAUGUGUCCGCUGUAAAAUUGACUGUGCAUUUACGUAAAAGUAACCUUUGUUUUAAUCAAAAGCUAAAUGCCUCACACAACGAAGUGCUUCCCGGGUUCUGCUGGUGUGCCCCCGCCACACCGUAAUAUUACUGUUUCUUUUAUGCACUGUUACAAACGAUGUUGUUGAAAAGUGGAUCAAUAUUUGGAUCUCCACAUAUUCCCCCAACCCCUCGGAGGAUCAAGUAUCGAUUCUCCCAGGGUGUAACAUACGCUCUUCCAGCUUCUAGUGCGUAACAUAAUGUUUAAAGUCUCACACAAAACCACAUAACCGCUAGGACGAAACCAAAACGACUGCAUAGUGCGUAGCCAAACUAUCGACCGAUUCAGCAAAAGAUGCAUUAAUUAUUUAUAUAUUUACAUUUGGCAACCGAUCGCCCAAAUCGAUCGGUUAUUGCCAUCCGAGCUUAGCCGGGCAUGUUUAGAAGAUGGAGGAAAGGUGUACAACUAACGCAUGCUACUAAAAAAAACCCAGACUAACCGAAAAAGUUCCUGUUCUACCAAACGAAGCCGAAGAUCCGAGCUAGAAGUGAGGAAGAAAAAUGGCAGCUUUCUAAUCGUACGAUGCCACUUUGUAUUUGAGCUUUACGUUAAUUGUUUGUGAUUAUUAUUAAUUUUAGUUUAAUCAAUAUUUUAUUUGGUUCCUAGCAGAAUGAAGGGGUAGCAAGCAGAGUUUAAAUGGGCAGCGGAAAUGGAAAGUUACGAAAAACAAAAUUAUCUACACGAAAACGAACGCCACAAACUUUACAUAACAUUGUAUUACGCCAAUGUGGUUCUAGUCAAUUGUGAAAGAAAAAAAAUAACAAACGAUCGGCGAAUAGGCCAAGGCAAGGGGUAGAGUAGAGUGUAUUGUACCAGCAGAGUCAUUUAUGUACGCCAGUUAAAAUUUAAUUUGUUUACUGUUAAUUGUUUUAUGUUUUAUUGAAUGUACUUUUUAAUUUUAUUUUAAUCUCUACUGUCCGCUCGCAAAUGCCGUUACGUGAAGGUAACCCGUAAUAAAUGGUCAACAUCUGAAUGAAUGUUCAA